AUGGACAUGCAGACAGACGGACUAAUAAAUGAACAGGCGAAUUACGGACCUUCCGAAACGGACAACAUUCAGAAGAGCAACGGACUAGAGAUGGAGACUAGACUGACCGGGAUACCUGACGGACCAGACGGACUAGACGGACUAGACGGACUAGACGGACUAGACGGACUAGACGGACUAGAUUGGACUAAAAAAAGUCCAAAACUGAAAAAGAACGAGAAACUUUCGAAGGGAGCCACACUGUCAUCAAUUGAGAAUGCAGAAGAAAGGAGUAUUGUUGCAAGCAUUGGGCUAAAUCAAAUGCUACCAACUGGAUGGAAGUUCGGAACAAUUCGAACUGGGUUGAGGAGAUAUGCAAUUGGAACGCCUUGGCACUCAACUGACCAAUUUACAACUGGAAUGGAUGGAAUCGUCUGGAGCCCUGGAGAACCAAACAAUGAAGCUUGGCAAGGCCGCCCCAACAAUUGCGGCCUUCUUUGGCUGUGGGUACCAGGAGGCAAACAAGAAGGUGCUCGUGUUCAUGGAACGUUCUUUGCGAUGGAGUGCAUGACAAGUCCACCGGAUAGAUGGAGAGGUUUCCUUUGUGGAAAGAAGGCUACUUGA